CGAUGCGCACGGCCGGAGAGACACGGAGGAGGAGACAUGAGCCGGCGGGCGCCCAGACGGAGCGGCCGUGACGCGUUCGCACUGCAGAUGCGCGCCCCAGCCUCGGAGCGCUGACCCCGGCCCCGCCAGCCUCGCGUCCCGGUCGCGGCGCCUCUGCCGCAGCCCCCGCCGUGCAUGCUGCCCCUGGACUGAACCGGCAGCCCGCGUCUCGCGAACGCCCAGACGGCCCUCCCGUCCGCCCGCUUCAGUCCAGCUUCCCCGCACCGGCCGGGUGCCUCCCGCACCGCGCUCGCCCCACAGCCCCCGCGCCGGCUCGGAGGGCGCAGCGCUCGGGAGGAGCCGCGCGGGGCGCUGAUGCCGCAGGGCGCGCCGCGGAGCGCCCCGGAGCAGCAGAGUCUGCAGAAGCAGCCGGCGAGGAGGGAGCAGCAGCAGCAGCGGCGGCGGCGGCGGCGGCGGCGGCGGAGGCGCCCGGUCCCGGCCGCGCGGAGCGGACAUGUGCAGGCUGGGCUAGGAGCCGCCGCCUCCCCCCCCGCCCCGCGAUGUAUUCAGCGCCCUCCGCCUGCACUUGCCUGUGUUUACACUUUCUACUGCUGUGCUUCCAGGUUCAGGUGUUGGCAGCCGAGGAGAACGUGGACUUCCGCAUCCAUGUGGAGAACCAGACGCGGGCUCGAGAUGAUGUGAGUCGGAAGCAGCUGCGCUUGUACCAGCUCUACAGCAGGACCAGUGGGAAGCACAUUCAAGUCCUGGGCCGUAGGAUCAGUGCCCGUGGCGAGGACGGGGACAAGUAUGCCCAGCUCCUAGUGGAGACAGAUACCUUCGGGAGUCAAGUCCGGAUCAAGGGCAAGGAGACAGAGUUCUACCUGUGUAUGAACCGAAAAGGCAAGCUUGUGGGGAAGCCUGAUGGUACUAGCAAGGAAUGCGUGUUCAUUGAGAAGGUUCUGGAAAACAACUACACGGCCCUGAUGUCAGCCAAAUACUCAGGCUGGUACGUGGGCUUCACCAAGAAGGGGCGGCCUCGCAAGGGUCCCAAGACCCGAGAGAACCAGCAAGAUGUGCACUUCAUGAAGCGUUACCCCAAGGGACAGGCCGAGCUGCAGAAGCCCUUCAAGUACACCACAGUUACCAAGCGAUCCCGGCGGAUCCGCCCCACUCACCCCGGCUAGGUUCGGCCACACUCACCCCCACAGAGAACUACAUCAGAGGAAUAUUUUUACAUGAAAAAUAAGGAAGAAUCUCUAUUUUUGUACAUUGUGUUUAAAAGAAGACAAAAACUGAACCUAAAGUCUUGGGGGGAGGGGCGAUCCACUGUUGACCUGAACCCCAUGACAAAGGACUCACACAAGGGGACCGCUGUCAACCCACAAGGUGCUUGCCUCUCUCUAGGAGGUGACAAUUCAAAACUCAUCCCCAGAGGAGGACUCGAACGAGGAAACUGACGCUGCGAGAAACCAAAGUCCUUUUCCCCCAAAGGUUCUGAAAGCAAACAAAACAAAAAGAAAACAACAACAAUAAAAAAAAAAAAAAAAAAAAAAAAAAAAAAAAAAAAAAAAAAAAAAAAAAAAAAAAAAAAAAAAGGAAAGUAGUGCCCCACCCCCAUCCCUUUCCCUGCCCUAGACUCCAACAAGAAUCGCUCUCUGGUUUGCAGUCAUUUAUUUAUUGUCCACUGCAAGCUGUCCCGCGACACCGCGCAGGGAAGGCGCCCCUCAGAAUUCUCCGCGCCUCGACCUUCCGACGACAGACGCCUCGUCCAAUCAUGGUGGCCUGCCUUGCCCGCAGUUCUGGAGGAUGCUGCUAUGGACCUUCCGUGACUCACGUGACUUAGUACACCAAUGAUAAGGGAAUAUUUUAAAACCAGCUAUAUUAUAUAUAUUAUAUAUAUAAGCUAUUUAUUUCACCUCUCUGUAUAUUGCAGUCUCAUGAACCAAGUAUUACUGCCUCAACAAUUAAAAACAACCCACAAAUUAUUUAAAAAA